CCAUCGGCGUGUGUGUGGGAGGUAAAAGAAACAACAGGUUGCAGGGAUUUUAAAUAACGAAAAGCUGCUGUGAUCUCAGCAGAUGAGCGCCAUCGAACGGACCGGGCCGGACACGUGGGUCUUGAAAGGUCACAUCGAAAACAAACGGCACAAGACGCUUCCGCUCUAAGCCCCGCCCACCUACCGUCUGCUCCAAUCACACCGCGGUCCCAGCUGCGCUCCGCAGUCCAGAUUCGAACCCGUGACAUCACCCGCCGGUGUCUGCACGCGCUCCACGAUGUCAUUUCGCUCUAUAGUCUAAGGUGUGUCCAUCUUCGGGUGGCAGCGGGGCCGGUACGGCCAUGGCGGCCUCCUACCGCGGCGGCUCCCACACCCUCAGCAAGGAUGAUGUCAACUACAGAAUGCAUUUUCGGAUGAUAAACGAGCAGCAGGUGGAAGAUAUAACCAUCGAUUUCUUCUACCGACCGCACACCAUCACGCUGCUGACCUGCACGGUGCUCAGCUUGAUGUACUUCGCCUUCACACGGGAUGAUGGCAAUCCUGACAGCAACGUGUGGGUUGGGCUGAUCCUGGUCAUCUCUUUCUUUCUCAUCAUCAGUGUUUUGGCUUUUCCAAACGGUCCCUUCACUCGACCGCAUCCUGCAAUAUGGCGAAUAGUUUUUGGUCUGAGCGUUCUGUACUUCCUGUUCCUGGUGUUCAUCAUCUUCUUGAACUGGCAGCAGGUGAAGCAGUUGAUGUACUGGCUGGAUCCGAACCUGCGUUACGCCAAGCGGGAGGCGGACGUCAUGGAGUAUGCCGUGAACUGCCACGUCAUCACCUGGGAGAGAAUCCUCAGCCACUUUGAUAUCUUUGCCUUCAGCCAUUUUUGGGGCUGGGGCAUGAAAGCCCUGCUGAUUCGAAGCUACGGCCUGUGCUGGACCAUAAGUAUUACCUGGGAGCUCACUGAGCUCUUCUUCAUGCAUCUGCUGCCUAAUUUUGCGGAGUGCUGGUGGGACCAGGUGAUUCUGGACAUUCUUCUCUGUAACGGGGGUGGAAUCUGGCUUGGGAUGACCGUGUGCCGCUUUCUGGAGAUGAGGACCUACCAUUGGGCCAGUAUCAAAGACAUCCACACCACCACAGGGAAGAUCAAGCGAGCCGUGUUGCAGUUCACUCCUGCGAGCUGGACUUACGUGCGCUGGCUCGAUCCCAAGUCCUCUCUGCAGCGAGUGAUGGGGGUCUAUCUCUUCAUGAUCAUCUGGCAGCUCACAGAGUUGAACACCUUCUUCCUCAAACACAUCUUUGUCUUCCCUGCGAGUCACGCGCUGAGCUGGUGUCGGAUCUUGUUCAUCGGCGUCAUCACCGCUCCCACUGUCAGGCAGUAUUACGCGUACCUCACAGACACGCAGUGCAAGCGAGUGGGGACUCAGUGCUGGGUGUUCGGGGCCAUUGCCUUCCUGGAGGCGUUGGCCUGCGUCAAAUUUGGGCAGGAUUUAUUUUCCAAAACUCAAAUCCUCUACGUGGUUCUCUGGCUUCUCUGCGUGGCCUUCAUCACGUUCCUGUGUCUGUACGGGAUGGUGUGGUUCGCUGAAAACUACGGUCCCAGAGGAAAGAACUACUCGGAAUGUGAUGAAGGCAAUUACGCAGAGUUUCCUGACCACGCCGAGGGCUUUAAAGAGGAGGCCGGCGUCGAUGCAGACAGUCCCGCGACCCGUCGCCGAGCGAAGUCUGUUAACGGUCAGUAGCAGUUGGUGCGACUCCGGAGCUCAUCCAUAGGUCAGUCGGGUGGGGAGAGAUGUGGUGUUCAGUUGUCUGUUGAUGGGGAAGGUCUGUGCUGAGGCGACUGACUUGCUGGCGAGGGGACGGCCAUCGCGGUUCAGUCGACCGGUCAUAUUGAAGAGCGCCGUGUCUAACACGAGCCUCAUGAUUUGGAGAACAAAACUGAGGAGAGCAAUUGGACCCACAGACCAGCGUUUUUUUUUAACUUGAAUGUGGUCGAGGAACAAAGCGAAGCGCACACAGUCAUAGCACUUUUGUCCUGAUGACGCUCACUCGUGAAGUAUUUCUGUGACCUGAAGUGACGGUGUUGUUCUUCUUUACCUCCAGUUUUCAUGUCAUCAUUUCGCCGGGUCGGACCCGCACACGGGCCCUUGUAGCGUUUGCAUGGCCGUCUACUAACUGAUAUGCGAAUGGCGGUCAUGACAUGAAAGUGAUGUUUGUCCUAAACGCGCACACUUGAGUGGCAGUGUCGUUCUCGUCUCCCGCCGUAACCUUUUUAUUCACCCUCGGUGCCUGUAUGCAUGUGAUUUUUCUCACACCAUUUUGUGUCUAUUUCUGAAGUGCAUCGUUUGAAUUUGUUGACCUUUUAAACUGUCAGCAUCAUCUCUGUACCGACACUAUUCCGUGACCUUGACCUCAACGGAAUGAACAGCGCAAACAACACGCGGUGCCGUUGUUUCUGUAUCUCGGUUGGCUCUACUCUUGAAGUGUUUGUAUGUUAUUCUUUUUCAAUGUGAAAUGAUAUUAAACUUUUACAUUUUCUU